GGUAGUUAGCAUUCCAUCAUUAUGCUCUCAUGUACUCUUACUCUCUACUCCUUCGGGAAUGUCACUGCAUUAUUCUCACUGACUCCUGUCGUUCUAAUUCUGGACUAUAUAUAAUGUAUCCUCUUAAAUCCCACCUCCAGCACAGCCCACGCCACCAAAUGGCUUGCCUGCCGCCCGCCACCUCCUAUUCCACCCUCUUCCUCCCAUCCCGCGGCCGCCAUCUUCUCCGGCCUGAAGCCAGGUCCUUCCCUUCCCCGCACUUCUCCUCCUCCUCCAACCAAUUCAGUCUCGACAAACUCAACCUCUUCCCAGCUUCAAGAGUUUCAUCUUUCAAGCCCUUGCAUCUCACGUAUUCAUUUGCUUUAUCCGUUACCCGCCAUCAGACCCGUGUUCCGCCCGUUCCAACAUCGGCUGCCACUUCUCCUGUAGUUGACGUUGAGCCCUGGGAAGGUGCGCGGUUAAAACCUUUAAUGGCUUCCAUCGCAACGGGACUCAUCCUCUGGUUCCUCCCUAACCCUUCCGGGGUUCCCAGGAACGCGUGGCAGUUACUAUCCAUUUUCAUGGCCACCAUUGUGGGCAUCAUCACUCAGCCACUGCCCCUCGGCGCCGUGGCUGUCCUGGGCUUGGGUGCUUCUGUUCUCACCAAAACUUUAACAUACGCCGCCGCAUUCUCCGCCUUCGGCCACCAGAUCCCGUGGCUCGUGGCCCUCGCAUUCUUCUUUGCCAAAGGAUUUAUCAAGACGGGGCUGGGCACCCGAAUCGCCUACCACAUCGUGUCCCUAGCCGGUUCCUCCUCCUUAGGGUUAGGCUACAGCUUGGUGUUCAGCGAGGCAUUGCUAGCUCCCGCAAUACCCUCCGUUUCUGCCAGAGCGGGUGGUAUUAUUCUUCCCUUGGUAAAAUCCCUGUGCUCAGCUUGCGGUAGCAAUGUCGGUGAUGGAACCGAGUACCGACUGGGGUCGUGGUUAACGCUGACGUGCUUCCAAACGUCGGUGAUAUCGUCCGCCAUGUUCUUGACGGCGAUGGCCGCGAAUCCACUGUGCGCAACGCUGACUUUUAACGCGAUAAAGACGACGAUUGGAUGGACCGACUGGGCCAAAGCCGCGCUCGUACCUGGGGUGGUAUCUCUGAUUCUGGUGCCGUUGAUUCUAUACGCGAUCUAUCCACCACAGGUGAAGAGCAGUCCUGAUGCGCCCAGGCUUGCCAGAGACAAGCUCAGGCAGAUGGGGCCCCUGGCUCGCAAUGAAAAGAUUAUGGCUGCCGCUCUGCUUCUCACGGUACGAAACACGCUCAUUUUUCUUGCUCUUUAUAUUUUUAAACUGUGAACAGGGUGUCUCCUCUUAUUCUAUUAUCAGACA